AUGCCCUCCGAUACUGCUGCUUGUGGGUCAUCAUAUCUUAGUGUCGGCGCCACUGAUGCUGUUGAAGAUGAUGCUAUUGGCGACGUCCCUCCCUGUGUCGAUGGUUUUGCUGAUGACACUGCCGAUGAUGCUGCUGUCUCUAUACUAACGAUAAUGCAGCUAGUGUUAUCCCUGCCAGACCCAGCGUGUCCGGAUAAUCCUGAUGACGGGUUUUUCAGUGGUUCCCCUUCCUGUAAAGAUGAUAUAGAUGUAGAUACUGCUGCUGCUGGUCGUGCUUCCCCGGAUAAUGCUGGCGAGAGUGCCACUGGCAUUGCUUCUUCUACCUGUGCUGACGAUGAUGAUAAAUAUAAAAUCCCCUUGUACCGUUGA